UAUUAUUAUUAUUUUGUUUUUUGGGGACUUCCAUAUGCUUUGCCUUCCUUAGGUCGCUCAUAACCGUAAAAUGUCUGACCCUUCACAGGCGUGUCGGUCUGCGACAUUUGGAUUACCGUGGCCUCUUCUCAACGAUGGCUUGUUCUACAACGACGUCGUUCGAGCCUCCGAUUCCGGAUUGACACUGAUCCACUUCUACUCUACAAAGCACAAGAACUCCGCUCCACCAAAAGGUUGGUUGCAGCGAAUUCAGAAUGGACAGAUAGCAGUUGAUGGCGAAGUUAUUAGAGAUCCCGAUACGAUCCUCAGGAUUGGUUCGAAAUUGGUAUACCAUAGGCUUCCAUGGGAGGAGCCUGAAGCACCGUACUUUCUUCAGAUUCUAUAUGAAGAUGAUGAUAUGAUUGCUCUAAAUAAGCCACCUGGAUUGCAAGUUCUACCUGGAGGUCUUUUCCAGCAACGAACAGUUUUAACACAGCUUCAGUGGUGGGCAACCAAGCCGACGUCUUCUGUAGCAUGUCAAGGACCCCAUCCUGUUCCUGUUCAUCGCCUGGGAAGGGGUACUUCAGGAAUAUUGCUAUGUGCAAAGACAAAGUUGGCCAAAACUCGCCUUGCAGCUUACUUUGCCGACGGGACAUCUCAUAUUGAAAACAGCAGUAAAACCAGUGUGGAUCUCUGUGCAACAAGGAAGGUUACUAAAAUAUAUCGGGCGCUGGUAACUGGGAUAAUUGGUGAGGACGAGGUGAUUAUCAAGCAGCCAAUUGGUAUGGUGCAGUAUCCUGGUGUGGCCAAGGGGUUGUAUGUUGCUACCCCCUCAGGAAAACCAUCUCUUAGCAAGGUUGAAGUUCUUGAGAGAGACGUAAAAAAGAAUCUCACAUUGGUCCAGGUUGAGAUUCAAUCAGGACGUCCACACCAAAUUCGCAUCCAUCUCUCUUUCAUUGGGCAUCCUCUAUUAGGUGAUCCUCUUUAUGUUAUUGGUGGACAUCCAAAAUGCUUUGGAUCUGAAAAUGUGGAAGAUAAUUUCGCACAAGAUGGUUUGUUUUUAUAUUUCUCAUGUAGGGGGUUUCUGCGGCCUGCAAACCCUGUUCCUGGAGACUGUGGCUACAACUUGCAUGCAUAUCAAGUGGUUCUCUCUCAUCUAUCAAACAAUGAGGUGAUUAAAAUCACUGCUCCUCUCCCACAUAUCCUCCAGACCAAGCAAGAAGCGCAAGAAAUCAGCACGUAUUAAAACAUUCCAGACUUAGCAGCUUGAUGAUGAAAACAUUCCCCUAUUGAUGGUCGCAAAGAGGGGGGUUUUAUAAUUUUGUAGAAAUAUUGUUUUUUCUUGUGUGACAAGUUAAAAGCACUUCGAGAUGGCUUUGUAUCUCUUCUGAAUAGACCAUAGUGCGAUUGAUGCAAAUAAAUUAAAAAUAAUUCGAUUU